AAAAUACAUUAUAAUUAUUAAGAAAAAAAAAAUAUUUUACGUCCCGAACUAUACCAUUUUUUAUAUUUUACUAUCUAAUAGUUUUUUUCUUCUUUGGCUUGCAAAUUACCAUCUAUCUCCAUAUGUUAGUAUAAAAUUCAUACGAUAAGUUAAAACUAAAAGAAAUUAGUUACAUAAAAUAUAAAAAUAAUUGAGUACACUUAUAAAUACGAGACAUGACUGUAAAUCUGUGAUCAAAUAAUACAAACAUAAACAUAAUGAGUUGAUCAUAACGCAACUCCUCUCCAAGUAUGCUCUCAAAAUACUUCAUGGCUGAAAAUAUAAAGAAAACCAUAAUUUGAAUGUCAAAUCAGAAUUUACCCUUAAAUAUACCAUCCUUAUAUCCAACUGAAGCUAAAGAGAAAGUAGGACAAAAUUAUGGACUGAAAACAAUAAAUAUACCAAAAAUUGGAUAUACAAGAUCAGUAUUUACACCUGGGGUUUAUACUUCUUGGAGAGGGGUUUAUGAUUGCACAAAGAAUUUGAAAAAUUAAAUUGACCGUGAGCCAGUCCAGACUCGGACACGCAUAAUAGUACCCAAAUUGAAUACGCGUUCCUCCAAUUAAACCACUCUGAUCCCUGUCUGCAAGCUGCUUGCGAGGCUGGAAUCCGUAAUUCAUCUGUUAAGGUGUGAAUGUUGUUUAUUUGAAGCCCCUUUUUGGAUGUGAAUGCCCAUUGUCUUCUGUCUGGUGGAUGAGUGCUUGAGGGAAAAACGGACAUGGUCGACGAAUCAUUCUCUGUGUCUGACUUUUCAUUGGCUGAUAAAGUUGCUUCUAUUGAUUAUAUCUUGACGAAAAUCUUUGAAUGUCUUCCUUUGAGAUCAUUAGUCCGCUUUGAAGCCUUUUCUAAACACUGGUUUUCUUUGAUCACUGAUCCACAAUUCUCCCCUCUCCUUAAGCCAAGAUACGCCUCUGGCCUUUUCUUGCUUCCAUCUAUACUUCAGGACGAACCGUUCAGCUGCGAAGUCGAUUUUCUGCCUCUCAGAUGGUGUAAAUUCUCAAACUCCUCCUUUCAAGAGGCUGAGAUCAGUUUGUGAGUCCACAGACGUGAAAAUCUUGCAUUCUUGCAACAGUUUGCUGUUAUGUUCUAGUCCUCGGGCCAGUGGAGGGGAUACUGACUAUUUCGUUUGCAAUCCAACAACCAAGAAAAUCAUUGUAUUAUGUCGGCCUGCAUACGGAUUAUGGAGAGGCAUCUUUAUCUGGCGUAUGAUCCAUUGAAAUCUCCUGAUUACAAAGUAAUAUAUGUAUGGAGAUUUGCUGGUGAUCUUCUCUAUAAAAUACUGAUAUAUUCGUCUGAGACACGUGUGUGGAGACUUUCCAAAUCUGAUGAAUACUUCUACUACUCAAGUAAAGCACAUUUUGACAGGGGUGCCUACUGGAACGGAGCAGUUCAUUGGCACUGUGAUACUGAUAAUUGGUUGUAUUUCAACAUCGAUAAGGAAAAGCUUAAUAUCAUGCCGCCUCCUGUGAAAUUGGAAGAUGGUUUGCUCAAGAGGCCUUUUGUGUAUUUUGGUGAAUCUGGUGGCCAUUUGCAUGUGGUCGAGGACUAUAGCCAAGCUGUGGCUUUGUACAUUUAUGAGAUGGAAAUAGAUUACUCGGGGUGGUACAAGAAACGCGAGGUUAGGCUCGAUGCUAUUCCAGCUGCAUUGCCGGAGACAACAAAAUUAAGAUAUCCUACGGAGGAGGGUAUCACUUUACUCUCAGUCAUUUGUCGAGAAAGUGAUGAAGAUUGGUUUUUGGUUCUGCAGGUACAUGGAUGUAUAGUUCAGUAUAGUCUCGGCUGCGAGGCCUCUUGGGUGCAAGUUCAUUUUGAUUUCGAUCAUAAUGUUUAUGGGGGUGGCCUGAGAAGCUGGGGAUGGUAUGAUGCAUUUCAGUAUACUCUGAGCUGCUUUUCUCAUUUCAUCCUCUGUUCUUGAGUUAGAACGGACUGAUAUUGGCUUGUACUGAAGCACUGAAAUUUGGAAGGUGUAAUAAAUUCGAACAAGAGUCUGGUGGGGACACUUCAAUGAUUUGAGAUUCGAGAUUUUAUUGUAGAGAUAUCUGAUUAAAAAUUCAUUGGGAGUGUGUGUAAGUAGGUGCGAG